GUGCGUUUCAACAUCGCCACCAAUCGAGAGACCAAAGAGGAGCGAGCAACCUUCGUGGAGAUUCUCCCUGACUCCUUUGAAGAGUCGACAGAACAACGUCGACAUGGCAUUGUGAUCGAGUUCUCUGCAGAUUCUGGACUGAUCAAGUGCAGUCAGAACCCACAGCUCUUCUUCCGCAUGGCUGAGGUGAUCGAGAAGAAGAAACUGGAGCUGAACGAAAAGGUUGAGUUCAGCGUUGUUCCGCAUGAGACGGCAGAGGGGGGGACUCAGGCCAUAAGGAUCAAACGUCAUACAGAGAGCGUUUUCCUCCCUGUUCGCAAACUUGGUGGUGUCGGAGCAAACAAAGGAAAAAUGACCAUAAAGCUGACAAAAGCUUCACAAGAGACUGAGAAGGAAAAACCAGAGACAGACAAGCUGAAGGCAGUGGUGAAAAGUCUUAGAGCGCAUGACAGUAAGACUGGUACUGGCAGACGGGAUUACAGCACCACUCGACGUCGAUAUGGCCGGAGCAGAAGUAGGAGCAGGAGUAAAAGCAGGAGCAAGAGUCCAGCUAGAGACCAUUUUGGACGCAUCAUCAAAAAGAGACGCAGCACCAGUCCUGACCGUAAAAGCAGCAGGUACAGACGAAGCGAAAGUCGUACAAAAAGCCGAAGCAAGAGCUCAAGCAGGAGCCGCAGCAGGAGUCACAGUAGGAGCAGGGAUAGGAGCAAGGACAGGGCCAUCAAGAAGAGAGGCAAAACCGGCAGAGAGCGUGAGGAAGGUAACAAGAGGAGGAGGGAACUGAGCCCUCCUCCCAGACGUGGAGUCAUGGAUGACGAGCUGGCAAGGAAGAAGCGGGAGCUCGAGGAGCUGAAUGAGAUGAUUGCCUACAAAAAGUCACUGGUGGACAUAGACCCCAGAGGAUUGGAGCCUGGACAGAGGACCUGCAUUGACUAUGACCAUGGCAGGAUAGCCAUGCCGCUCGCUGAAUACAAACCAGUCCGGUCGAUCUUGAAGAAAAGAACCGAUGGACCUGAGCACCACCAUCGUACUCCUCAACCCUAUGAUGAUCCGAAUUAUGAUCGAUCAUACAGUCCUUACCAAGAUCGGCGGUACAGUGAGCGCUACGGUGAUCUGUAUGCCAGCCGUUCCUACGCUGAUCGCCCUUACAGUGACCGUCCAUACAGCAACCAUCCAUACGAUGACCGCCCUUAUGAAAGUCGACUCUAUGGUGAACCUCCUUGUGGUCCCCCUGCAUCUGCCAGCCACCGUUACACUGAUCGCUAUGAUGUAUAUGAUGAACCCUACGAUGAUCGCUACCAUGACUCAGCACGUGACCAACCGUACAAUGAUCCGUAUCGACCUGUAAACCGGAGCCAGUCUCCAGGACACCAUGAUCCAUCACAGUCUACACUGUCACCUGCCUCCACCCAACCCUCCCUUACUCAUUCUUCAUUUUCCCAACCUCCGUUCAGACCUCCUUCUCCCACAGAACCACCUCCUAGAAGCCCAUCACCCAAUCUGAAGAACACCACGCCACCGCCAGCUGAGAAACCACCCCUGGACCGUUUCCUUGACAUGCUCAAUAAAAAGGUGGGCACUGAAAAGAAAUCAGAACUGGUUCAUGUUAAUGAUGACUUACUGCCUCAUGAGCGGGCGCUUCAAGAUGGUGGGGGGUUCUCUCGGAUUGUGGGAUUGGUGCAAGGUCAACCCAUCAGCCGUGGAGUUCCAGAAGGGCAAAAGAAACAACCAAGUCCUAAACAGGCAACACUAGAGAGAUCAAGUGAGGAACUUAAGAGCAAGACAGAACCCUACGACAAGAUCCAGAGUCUACUCCGUACAAUUGGUCUAAAGUUGAGUUCAGGAGACAUGUCCAAGCUAGCAAGCCGAGCUCAGGAGAAAAUCUAUGGCUCGAGGUCCUCAUCCACAGAAAGAGAGGACUCAAGAGAACAACUGCAAACACGUAGAUUAAGUUCAGUUGAAUCAGAUCACAUCCACACACCCUCUCCUGUCAGAUCCUCCAGUUUGGAGCCACUCAGCAGAGAUAAAGCUGUCUCAGAGUAUGAAGAAUUCCUGGACCAGCAGGAGCUGGAGGCGCUUAAGAAGGCGCAACAGCUGCAGAGUCUUACCAAGACAAUGGGGAGUACCCCCUCAACCACUUCUCCCAAACCACCUCCUGGACCCCCGCCUGCUCAAUACCGCCCACCUGCACCUAUAAACUGGCCACUCGGAGUCACCACGCACGUUCCUCAAGAACAGAGCUGCACAACCGCCAACACAGGUACUCCAACAGCUGGUCAACCACCCCAUAGAUUUGGAUUUCCUCCAGGACCUCCACCCGGUCCUCCUCCUGGACAUUCUUCACAGCGUUCUGGACAACCUCCUCCCGGACCCCCUCCUGGACCUCCUCCACGACGCCCCUCUGGACAGCCUCCUUUUGCUCCACCAUCCAAUCAUAAAGUAUUUUCUUUUAUUGGCCACCCUUCUACAGCCAAUGACUCCAGUCCUCCACAGACUUUAACCACUGCCACAGUAACACAGACACCUCUAUCAUCAUGUCCUGCUAGUGAUGACCAAUCAGCCAUCUCUACAACAGUAGCCAGGUGUCUGAAGGUCAUAGAGACAGUUAAGUCUCUGGCUGUGCAGACUUCAUCUAAACCAGUGAAAUCAGUGCAGUUCAGUUUACCCACAGAGUCUCCAUCAGCCUCCAGUCCUCACACCACAGCAGACACAGAGGAGGACAUCAGGGCAAAGCAGAGAGAGAAGCUGGAUUUGUACAACCAGAGGAUUUUGGAGAAAAGGGAGCAGAGGUUCCAGGAGAUGUUAGCCUGCAGAAAACAAGGAGAGAGGAACAAGGACGGCACGGUGGUCUCUCCAGGCAAGCCGAUGAACAGUGAGCCCAAGAAUGUCUGGAUUUGUGGCCAUUCACUGGUGUACUGGGCUGAGUCACGAGCCAAGUCUCCGGAGGUAGGUAUGCAGCUGGGCAUGGACCUCAGCAAGGUGGCUAUCUGGUGGAAGGGCACCCAGGGCAUGACAUGGUCCCAGCUCUUGCCCCAGCUCCACCAGCUGAAGGUCACCUGGCCCAACCCAGACGUCCUCAUCAUGCAUCUGGGGGGCAAUGACCUGAGUACUGACAGCCCCACCGACCUGCUGGCCGCUGUCAAGAAGGACCUGACCUCCAUGAGGAGCAUCUUCCCACAGUGCAUCCUCGUGUGGUCAAACAUCCUCCCUCGGAGGGUGUGGCGCCACUCGGCCGACAGCCACGAAGUCGAUCUGGUCCGAACCACAGUGAAUCGCAGGAUCCAGAACAUAAUUUCGGAGCUCGGUGGCACUUCACUCACCCAUGAUAACAUCCGGUGCGGCACAAACACAGGCCUGUACCGGGCUGAAGGCAUCCACCUGUCCCCCAAAGGCAUCGACGUUUUCAAUCUGAACCUUCAAGAUUUUCUGGAGAAGUGGGAGGUGGAGGUGAACAAGACCUCUGAGAACAGUUAAGACUUCAAUUAUUUUCUUGUUUUUAUGUUGUCUCUUUUAUUUCUAAUGAUAGAUAGAUGGAUUGAUUCAAAUAACAACAAAAGUUGUUCACGUUCUUAAGUCUUCAUCUCAAAAUCAUUCAGUCAAGUUUUAGCUUUAGCUUAUCACGUAGGAACUGUUGAUCCCUGUUUGUCUGACUUGAAACAAUAAACUCAACAUCAGCUGA